UUAUUUUGAUAAAGUACUCGAUAUAAACAAUACAUCGAUUCAGUAAAUAAUCAGUAGUGCUUUCAAUAUUAUUGCCUAACGACGUUAUGCAAAAUGAUCGCGUAUUUAGUAAUAACAGUUAUCAUUCUGUGUACUGUCCACAUUUUGCUAAACUACAACAGAAAGGCUCGAUUGAUUAGAAAAAUCCCAGGACCCAGGGACGAUUUUAUCAUUGGCAAUGGAUUCACUGUUAUACGUUCUCCAGUUGAAACCAUGCAAUUGAGAAGACAAUUGUGUACAGAAUUUGAUGGAAUAUUCAGAGUAUGGAUUUGCCCAAUGGGAGCGAUUUUCAUAUACAAUCCUGAGGAUAUUGAGAUACUCAUGUCGGGCAUGAAGUUUGGUGAAAAAAGUUUUGUCUACAAUUUCUUGAAGAAUUGGCUACGUGAUGGUUUGCUCGUUAGUAACGGUGCAAAAUGGCAGACACGCCGAAAGAUCCUCACUCCAGCUUUCCACUUUAACAUCCUGAAGCAGUUCUGCGAGAUUAUAGAUGAGAACAGUGAGAAGUUUCUUGAAGUGCUGCAGCAGAAUGCGGGGAGGCCUAUAGAUGUGGUGCCUGUGCUGUCAGAGUUUACCCUCAACUCUAUUUGUGAAACUGCAAUGGGAACUCAAUUAGACGACAACAUUAGUGCUGCCAGAUCGUAUAAAAAAGCCAUUUACGACAUCGGAUGUUUAAUUUUCGAUAGAUUCGUCAGAGUAUAUUUGUACCCGGAUUUUAUUUUCAAUCUAUCUCCAAUGGGAAGGAGGGAAAGUAAAUAUUUGAAAGUUGUGCACAGCUUUACAGAGAAUGUGAUAGAGCAAAGGAGAGAAUACAUCGAGAAGAAUGGCAUCAACAUAAAUGAAGAAAUUGAGGCCGACGAUGAUGACUCGUAUGUUUACAAGAAAAAGAAGAAAACUGCAAUGUUAGACUUACUUCUGUCCGCUCAGAAAGAAGGACAUAUUGACAAGAUUGGUGUGCAAGAAGAAGUGGACACUUUUAUGUUUGAGGGCCAUGACACGACCGCCAGCGGUCUAACAUAUUGUUUUAUGUUGCUCGCUAAUCAUAAGAAAAUUCAGGAUAAAAUUGUUGAAGAGCUAGAUGAGAUAUUUGGAGACACAGACCGGCCUAUUAAGAUGGAAGAUUUAGCAAAGAUGAAGUAUUUAGAAUGUUGCAUCAAAGAGUCGCUGCGACUUUACCCGCCAGUGCACUUCAUAAGCCGCAAUAUAAACGAAGAGACAGUUCUAAGUAAUUACACAAUACCGGCUGGAACUUUAUGCCACAUCUUAAUCUCGGACUUACACUUGAGACCAGAUUUGUUUAACAACCCAACAGUGUUCGACCCCGAUAGGUUCUUGCCGGAGAAUAGCGUCGGCAGACAUCCUUACUCGUAUAUUCCCUUCAGUGCUGGACCUAGGAAUUGUAUAGGUCAAAAGUUUGCGAUGAUAGAGAUGAAGAUAGCAGUUGCAAGAGUCCUGAGGAAGUUCCACCUCUCACCAGUCACGCGUCCCUCCGACAUUACAUUCACUGCUGACUUAGUACUUAGGAAUAAUGGGCCAGUGCUCGUCAAUUUUGUCAAACGAGAAUUAUAA